AGUCGACAUAAUUGGUCGCAAACUUCGGGUCAACUUCCUCGUCCCGGCUGCACGCGUUAUGCCCAUGAAUAAGUAACGACGUAUUGUGCCGCCUGCUGCUUGACAGGCGCGCACGCUCCUUCACGCCGCGCUGAGCCGUGGUGGAAGCGCAGACAGGAAGUGGACCGGUUAAUUAGAUGGCGCCAUCCCGAGAUGUACUUUCCGCUUGUGCGGGCCGCUGGCUCCGCCCCCCUGGUGGUAGACAAGACUGACUCUCAGGCGCCAAGCGGCUGCGUCCACGACGCCUCAACCCUUUACGACGCAGACGGAUCUCAAACUUGGAUCAUUUUUGGAGACAGGCCACACAGUGAGACGGCAUAUCAUGUGGAAAAGACUUUGGCUAAGAGCUAAGACAUUGGCUGAUUCGAUUUGAAGAACUGUUGAAGAGCGGAGAAUGUUAAUCAACUUUCUGCUCAUAAGAUUCAUGGCAACGACUGAGAUGAGGUAAAAAGUUGGACGUGUGUGUGUGUGAGCUAAUUUGGAGGAGGACCCAAGGGGUGGAGCUAAGUUGUGGGGAAAGCCCACCCUGCAUUCUCUCUCUCACACACACACACACACACACACACACAGUGUGUGUGGGACAGCUGCAGCGCUCGCUCCGGAGGCUGUGCACAAGCCAGGAGAAAGCCGAGGUGAGACGAGACGAGAACCAUGAGGACUCCGCUUGCUUUGGCGCUCGGCUUGGCGCUCGCUACCGCCGCCGCUUUUCCUGCCAGCGUCAGCAUAGGAGGACUUUUCCCGGCCGGGUCGCACGAGCAGGAGGUGUUUCGUUUUGCCAUGGCGCAGCGCGGCGCCGACGUUCCCAAGCUGCUGCCUCAGAUCGACGCCGUCGACAUCGGCAGCAGCUUUGCCAUGACCUACGCUAGUGAGCGCCACGGCCGACCGCCGUCAGUCGUCGUCAUGGCCAGCCUCAUCUCAAGGAUUGUCGUAAUCAUCAUCCUCAUCAUCACCAGCUUCAUGUCCAUGAUUGCUCUCAUCUUCAUCACUUUCAUCACCCUGAUAUGGGGGAGGGGCUGGCUCCCAAACGGUGGCGUCCAUCAAAGGUUGUGGCGGUGCAUUAAAGCGCGCCCGAGGGUGUGUUGUUGUCCUCUCAGCCAACAAUGCGCUGACCUCUUUCGGCCGAGAUUUGGACAAAAGACGCCGGCGCAACGUCCCGCACGCUCUCCCGACAUUUGCCGUUCUCCACUUCCUUCGACUUCUUCCUUGACUUCUGGCGGGCGGCACUCGCCCAUUUGGUCCUACUUGCCGUCCGGUCUCCGCUUCCUGUUGUCUUUUUCCACUUCCUGUCCUUUGCUAACAGCUAGCCAACAGGUGUCGUCAUUGUGUGGGCGUGGCUGGCGGGCGGGCUCAAGCUUCCUGCCGGCUCGCCACGCCCGUAAAAUCUUUGCUUUGCCGCCGCCACAAACUGUGCGCGUGGCCUCAGUCUGUUCGCAGUUAGCCAAAGGCGUGCACGCGCUGAUGGGCGUGUACGACCAGAGGACGGUCAACACGGUGUCCUCCUUCUGCGCCUCGCUCCACGUCAGCUUCGUCACGCCGUCGUCGCCCACGUUGGCCGACGGCCCCUUCGUGCUGCGGCUGCGGCCGAGUCUGCGAGAGGCGCUCAUGUCGCUGCUGGACCACUUUGGCUGGCGUCGCUUCGUCUACAUGUACGGCGCCCAUGAAGGCGUGUUGGUCCUGAAGAAGGUGUUGGAGCGGGCGGCCGAGCGAGGCUGGCAGGUGACGUCGGUCAACUUGGACUCGCUCAAUGAGUCAGGCUUCAUCCAGCUGCUGGCCGACCUGGACUUCAAGAAGGAGUACCAAGUGGUUCUGGACUGCGAGUCGGAGCGCCUCGACGGCAUCCUGGGCCUGAUUUCGGCACAGAGAAGAAACCUGAAGAACUAUCAGUACAUCCUCCUCAACCCGGGCUUUGUGGAGCUGAACCUGACUGAGUUCCACGCGCUGUCCCCCAACGUAACGGGCUUCCAGCUGGUCAACUGGUCCCACGGGUCGGCGCUGAAGGUCCAGAGGGACUGGAUUAACUUUGAGCCCAAGGAGGGCAAAACCACGCGGCGCCCUCUGCGGUACGCCGGCGCGCUAACCUACGACGGCGUCGGCGUGGUGGCGGCGGCCUUUCAGAGCCUCCGACGCCAGCGCAUUGACGUCGCUCGCCGCGGGAAUGCCGGAGAGUGUUUGGGGAACCCCCCCGCGCCCUGGGGGCAAGGCAUCGACAUACAGAGGGCGCUGCAGCAGGUGCGUCUGGAUGGUUUGACAGGUCGCGUCCAAUUUGACGAGAGAGGACGUCGGACCAACUUUACACUCACAGUCAUGGAACUGAGCCGAACUGGACCCAGGAAGGUAGGUACGUGGAGCGAGCAGAGAGGCUACAUAAACACGGCCCGCUACAAGCCUACCCCGGAGGAGUUCUACGGGCUGCAGAACCGCACCUACGUGGUCACCACCAUCCUGGAAGCGCCUUACAUGAUGCUAAAGAAGAACCACGAGCAGCUGGUGGGAAACGACAAGUACGAAGGUUACUGCGCAGAGCUGGCGGCCGAGAUCGCCAAGCACGUGGGCUUCGCCUACCGGCUGGAGCUAGUGGGCGACGGCAAGUACGGCGCCCGAGACGCCGUCAGCAAAAUGUGGAACGGCAUGGUGGGGGAGCUGGUCUACGGGAAGGCGGAUGUGGCGGUGGCGCCGCUGACCAUCACGCUGGUGCGCGAGCAGGUGAUCGACUUCACCAAACCUUUCAUGUCGCUCGGCAUCUCCAUCAUGAUCAAGAAGCCCACCAAGUCCAAGCCCGGCGUCUUCUCCUUCUUGGACCCGCUGGCCUACGAGAUCUGGAUGUGCAUCGUCUUCGCCUACAUCGGCGUCAGCGUGGUGCUCUUCCUGGUGAGCCGCUUCAGUCCGUAUGAGUGGAAGGAGGAGGAGGAGGAAGUUGAGGAGGAAACUCCGCCCACCUCUUCCAGACACGCCCCAGGACCAAACGGGCGGCAGUCCCCGAAAGACCAAGAGAAAGAGAGUCCGGAACACACCAACCACUUUGGCAUCUUCAACUCGCUCUGGUUCUCCUUGGGAGCCUUCAUGCAGCAAGGAUGCGACAUCUCGCCCAGGUCGUUGUCGGGUCGCAUCGUGGGCGGCGUGUGGUGGUUCUUCACGCUGAUCAUCAUCUCCUCGUACACGGCCAACCUGGCCGCCUUCCUGACAGUCGAGCGCAUGGUGUCGCCCAUCGAGAGCGCCGAAGACCUCGCCAAGCAGAACGAGAUCGCCUACGGCACUCUGGAGGGCGGAUCCACCAAGGAAUUCUUCAGGAGGUCCAAGAUCGGCGUCUUUGAAAAGAUGUGGUCGUACAUGCGCGGCGCCGACCCGUCCGUCUUCGUCAAGAACACGGACGAGGGCGUGAGCCGCGUGCGCAAGUCCAAGGGCAAGUACGCCUACUUGCUGGAGUCGUCCAUGAACGAGUACAUCGAGCAGCGCGCGCCUUGCGACACCAUCAAAGCGGGCGGCAACCUCGAUUCCAAAGGCUACGGCGUGGCCACGCCCAAAGGAUCACCCCUCAGGACAAGACGAGUGCGCUGAGCCUGAGCAACGUAGCGGGCAUCUUCUACAUCCUGAUCGGUGGCCUGGGCGUGGCCAUGAUGGUAGCCCUGCUGGACUUCUGCUACAAAUCGCGGCUAGAGUCGCGCAGG